AUGUCUCGCUUCACUACCAUUUCCACCAUUGUCAUUGCUUCAAUUUCCAUCCUCAUCAUCAGCAUCACACCCAACCUCAACACAGCACUCAUACAAGCCCUCAAAUCAAUCAACACCAAAAUAUCCACCACAACCUCCGCCAAAAUUCCAUCACCACAAACAGACUCAUCUAUGCUCAAAUCCGCCGCCAACAUGUCCAAAUCCGUGUUGCGCAACGCCAAAAUCACACCCCACAGGUCCAGUACCCGCGGGCACAGCGACCACGGCUGGCUAAACACCUACCACAGCUUCUCCUUCGCCGACUGGUUCAACCCCAAGUUUUCACAGUUCGGAUCCCUCCGCGUCUUGAAUGAGGAUCGCGUCAAGGCCAACUCUGGCUUCCCGACGCAUCCGCAUCGGGAUUUCGAAAUCUUCAGCUACAUCCUCUCCGGGGAACUCACCCACCGAGACUCCAUGUUGACCAAAGGCAAGGAGGGCGGCCAGUCGGACAAGUUCUACAGAAUGCACAGAGGCGACGUGCAGUUUACGACGGGCGGCUCGGGAAUCGCGCACUCCGAGUUUAAUGAGCACAAGACUGACACGGUGCACUUUUUGCAGAUCUGGGCUAUUCCGUGGAAGAAGGGCCUUGAGCCGCGAUAUCACACUCGCAGCUUUAGCGACGACGAGAAACGCAAGGAGUUUGUCAAGAUUCUUAGCCCGUUAAAGGCUGGGCAGGAGGCUACGGCGCAGCAGGAGAAGGAUGCUGAGCCUGCCAUUAAGGAUACUAUUCCUAUUCAUGCGGAUUUCGUCAUGGGUGCUGGUAUUAUUGCACCGGAGAAGAAGUUUGAAUGGGUUGUGGGCGCGAAUGCUACUGAGCAGAAUAAGAGAAAGGUGUUUGUGCAUGUGCCGAUGCUGAAGGGUGGCAAGGCAAAGAUCCGUUUGGACGGACGGGAAGAUGCAGAGCUGGAGGAGGGAGAUGGCGCCUUUGUGGAGGGCGUCUUUGCUGGAGAUAAGUUGGUGGUGGAGAGUAUUGGCUCUGAGGAGGCAGAGGUUAUUGUUUUGGAUACAGCUUAG